CGUGGGAUUGCAGUGUCUGCGAGCCCCGGCAGCAAGAGGGGAUGGCGGCUGCGGCAGUGACUGCAGGUGGGCUCUGGAGGCUCCGUGUCGCCGGAGCAGGGGGACACUGGCGUUGGCUGCGUAGUGCCGCGGGACGAGCGCGGGACUUCCUGCAACCUGCUUCCGCUGGCGAAGAUGUGGCCCAGAGGCGGGAGGUGGCUCACUUCACGUUCCAGCCCGACCCCGAGUCCCGGGAGUACGGGCAAACUCAGAAAAUGAAUCUUUUUCAGUCAGUAACAAGUGCCUUGGAUAACUCAUUGGCCAAAGAUCCUACUGCAGUAAUAUUUGGUGAAGACGUUGCCUUUGGUGGAGUCUUUAGAUGCACUGUUGGCUUGCGAGACAAAUACGGUACAAGCCUUCCAGCCAUGUUUCCUUUUCUUGAAUCUCCCCUACACUGCUAUCAGAGGUGAAGAGUUUGCCUUGGCAAUGGGUUAUUGAACAAGUACUGCGAGUUUCCCACAUCACUAUGACAGGAGCCUGCACAAACAGAACAGGAGUGUCCAUGAGUGGCUGAGAAAAAGGGCAGACCCUGGAGACUGAACUUCUCCUCCGAGGAUUGGCAGCUGUAAUUAAACUUUCCUCCCAAGCCAUGCAGAGAGCUUGAUAUGAAUGGUGUCCCCCUCCCAUGGCAAAAUGCCUCUAGAGAUGCCUCAUGGGUAACUACAGGGCAAGGACUGUCCCAGAGGAAGCUGUCCACUACGAUGAACAGGACAGAAACCUGACACAGGUUGUCUUAAACCCGGGGAUUGGUGGAGGAAAAACAGCUGGAUCAGAUGGAGGACACCAAUCACAAGGAACACACCAAGCAGUGGCUCUGCUAGCUUUGUUACACAGAUUUGAGCCAGCUGGGCAUUUGCCUUAGAGAGCCUAGGGCACAGGAUGUGCAGAUGCGUGGUGUCACACCUCCAGAGCGACAUUAACAAAUCUGGGAAGAGAUGGUGUCACUCCAGGGUCCAACUGGCAGGACAGAGCACAGGGUUCUGGCCUCCAGCUCCCGGCCCAAGCCUCUGCCUUCAUUCCCCCAUCUUACACAGACCUUCAGAGGGAGGAUCAGCCAGCCUGGACCCCAAGCUCCUCAGUCUCCCGCUAGACAAGCAAAGCUAAUGGAUGGCCAUGAAGUCCCCAGAUGUUACUAAGGAGCUCUUUGACCCAAGGACCUGCCAUCUCCACAAUGUCACUUUCUCUAUGCCUUGUUUCCUUUUUAUUGCAGAUUGUGUCUGGGCUGAGUCCCCCUGUGGGGAAGUGGGGUGUUGGGUUAAAGCACUGACUGGUGGUUGUCCUAUAUCCACACUUUUAAAAGGCACUCAAGUUUCUUUUGCUGAAAAGCACUGACUUCUUACUUUGCCCAUGAAUUAACUAUAAACAGGAGAUGCUUUGCAUCUUUGUCUCCAUUUUGUACCUGUUGUCCUUUGCUCUGAGCCAUUCUCUGCUGCAGCCUCCUUGGAAUCAUGGAAGGACAGGAAUGACCAAUAACGUCUUUAUGACAAUGACUGAAACUUCCAUGAUGAGCAGUGGAGACUUGUAGGACAGACCACUGCUCCAAAUGAGGACAAUGAGCUCUCAUGAUGAGGCUGCACCCUGGAGCAGGAACAGUCAUCUCAUGGGAACAGGAUGACUCCCAUCAAGUGAUGACAGUGAUGACAUCUUUUCUGGAACCACUCUGGGAACCCUUGAACUGAGAUAAUGGACAACCAGAUCACACCUGCGACUGGUACUGUUUACCUAUGCAUACCUUUGUCUCCUCACCCCAAUUCUUUGACACUUAAACCUGUAGCUCAUAUCUGCACUGCAAACAUGGCUGAAGAGGAGCUGAGUGCUUACUCUACCUUUUCCCAAGCAUGUCCUGAGCUGUGUAAUGAACCUCUUUGUGUGCCAUUGAAACAAAAGGUCAAACAGGACUCUAAGCCAUUUAAAAUUUAUUUAAUUAAGUAUAAAGUUACCUUUACACUGGUCUACAAUGACAGCAAAUACAUUUCUUGCCAUAAAGACACAGAAUUUGGAGUUUAAAAUAGUCCCACUGAAGAUUCCAUAUUAACAUUGUUGUUAGUGUAAGUUUGUUUUAAAUAAUCAACUUAAAAUACAUAUACUAUCUACAAAAUGAAAUUAAAAUGCACUAUCUAUAUAC